GAGUCAUACGGUCAUACCGAUUACCGACAUACCAUUAUGGAACAUCCUCAUUCCUCAUAGUCCAUAUAGCUGAUACAUGGAGUAUAGUACUAUUUACUGUGCUACCAACUUACUAUAUAGUCUUACUACCGAUUACCGAGUACAGUUACAACUUACAGAGUAAACUACAGUAAAGCAGUAAACAGUAAACUACAGUCAUUUGAAACGUCAGAACUUGGUGAACGUCGUACGUUUUUCUUUUAUUCCCCAUCUUGUUUUACAAGAAUUGUUUUCCGUUUGACGAUUUCCAGUCGUCUACACUCUUUUGUACUUAACUCUACAAAGCUAAACCAACGUCAUGUCGUCGCUGUACCCUUCUUUGGAAGAUUUAAAGUUGGACGAGUUCAUUAAGACACAAAAUCAUAUUGUUCAACAAAAUGAGAAUCCACCUCCAUUUAUGGCUAUUUGUCCACCACAUCCUUCGGGUAUGGAACAAGAAUCACUAGGUGCCAUGUACCCAAUACUCAAUGAUUACUCGGGAUUAGAACUCAGUAUUCUAGCACAGAAUAACAUAGAUAAUCCUUCCAAGAAAAUUCAAUCGAAAAAUAAUGUUGUAGCGAUUCCUUUCCAGGAUAUUCCAGCGCAUGUAACAAAUGGCGUUCGUAAGUUGGUGUUAUGUAAAGAUGGAAAAGGACAAAUAGGAUUAAAAUUGUCCUCAUUCAACAAUGGCAUAUUUGUUAGCGUUGUAAUACAAGACAGUCCUGCUGCUAAAGCAGGUUUAAGAUUUGGUGAUCAAAUAUUACAAAUAAAUGAAGUUUUUGUUGCGGGAAUGAGUGUUGAUAAAGUGAACAAAAUUUUUAGAGAAUGUUCAAUAAAUAACAUAAGUGUUAUUGUAAGAGACAGGCCUUUGGAACGUACAAUAAAUCUCUACAAAGACCGUGCUGGUCAAAUUGGAUUUCAGUUCAAAAAUGGUAAGAUUAACAAUAUUGUUAAAGAUUCAUCAGCAGCUCGUAAUGGAGUUCUCACAGAUCACCAGUUAUUGGAAGUCAAUGGACAAAAUAUUAUCGGCAUGAAAGACAAACAAAUAGUGGAUAUUAUUGCUAAAGCUUCAGACUCAAUUAGUAUAACAAUCAUUCCAGUAUCAAUUUAUGAACACAUGAUCAAAAAGAUCGCACCAUCAUUGAUCAAGAAUAUAAUGGAUCAUUCGUCCAUUUAAGAACAAACAAAAAACUUAUCCAUCUGUUGAAGUCAUAUUUAAAUUUUAUUAUUUACUUAACAUAAUUUUAUUUUAGUUGUGAUUUAAGUAUGCAUGGAAAAGUCAUCCAUUAUUCAUAAAUCAUCUAGCUUUUUUUUAUACAAUUAUAAUGGGCAAGAUAUAUCAAAUUAUACUUUCUACAUUAAUUACACUAUCAUUCCAUUGAUUCCUAUGUUACUUAUCCUUUAUUUUUAUUUAUUAUUUUUUAUGAAUAUUAUAUUAUGAAGUGUUAAAUGUUACACAAAGAAUUUGGAGUCAUUUUUUAAGGUGUAUAUUAACUUAUUUUAUUUAAAGUUAAUUUGAA